AUGGCACUCCACGCCUCCCACCCUUUCCUCCGCAUCCUCGUCUCUCUCUCCGUCCUCGCGACCCUCGCCUCACUCGCUGCAGCGCAGCCUCAGCAGCGCGGCAUAGUGGAUCUGAAGACCAUUCCCGAGAAUUCCGUGUCGUCGUGGUCGCUGCAGGGCCCGCCAGCGCUGCGCAAGGAGAGCACUCCAGGGCAGUUCAAGCUGGUGGGGCCUGUCGUUAUCAACGUGCUUAAGGUCAUCCGCCCGCAGUUCACUCCCAUCCAAGCUGAGUGGUUGUCUUCCAAUCUGACGUCGGACCCUGCCACGUGGACAGCUUCCAUAGGUCCACCUUCAGGCGCCAACGAGUUCGCCAACCUUACCUUCCAGAACCCCGUCGUACAGAUCUGGGGUGGGCGGUUUGACAUCGACAACACCACGAGCGACUAUUCCUUCAAGCCCAACAACACGAGGCUGGUCUUCUCCCGCGUGUCCGGCACCCUGCUGCGAUCCGAUGUGAACAAACAAAAUGUGGUGAUCACGCUCCCUGCAGGAAACAUCCCGACACUGAAUGGGAAAUUCAUCCGAAGGGCCGCUGGGGCUUUCCGCAAUGCAUUGGUUGAUGCUCUUGGCGUGGAACCAGGCCCACCUCCUCCUGGCCCAAAUUUCCCUGACGAGGUGGUCAUGAAAGUCAACCUCAGCCUGCAAGCCAUUGUCCUAGCCUCCCUCUCGGCAGUCCUGCUUCUUUCCACGUUUGCAGCACCGGCUUGUGCGCAGAAACCGCCACGCGUGAUGCGCGGAUUGGUGGACCUCAACACGAUUCCUGACAACUCCAUAUCGACGUGGUCGCUGGAGGGGCCGCCUGGACUGAGAAAGGAGAGCACUCCGGGGCAGUUCAAGCUUGUGGGGCCUGUUGUUAUCAACGUGCUCAGGGUCAUCCGGCCGCAGUUCACGCCCAUCUUUGUAAGUGAGAACGCCCAGAACUAUGACCCUGCCACGUGGACGGCGUUCAUCGCGCCACCCGCAGGCCCGAACGAGUUCGCAAACCUAACCUUCGACAACCCACAGGUGCAGAUCUGGGGCGGGCGCUUCCCCAUCGACAACACCACGAGCGACUACUCCUUCCAGCCUAACAACACCAAGCUGCUCUUCUCCCGCGUCUCCGGCUCCCUCCUGCGCAACAACGUGGACGAGCAGAACGUUGUCGUUGACAUUCCCGAGGCUAAUGCGCCCACUCUCAACGGGAAAUUCAUCCGCCGCGGGAAAAUCUUCGAGCUCCUUUCUGGCGGAUCUUUUGACGUGCCGCUCCGCUCCGUGAUCGAAGCUCUUGGGGGUACCACACCCCCCGGGCCCACCCCGCCUGGAGCAGCGGCAGUUAUGCGUGUGAACCUUAACCUGCAGGGGAUUGGGCAGCAGCCGCCCAGUGCCCUCCGCCCCUACCCUGCCCCCUCUGCUCCGGGCAUGGACCCUCCCCCUCUGGCUGGUGUCCCCACUGCUGCACCUACUCCCCCAGGUUGCGCACCUGUGCCUGCCCCUGCACCUGCCCCCACCCCUGCUCCCACCCCAGCCCCUGCGCCUACACCUGCUGCUGGGGGUAAGAACCCUCCCCCUCCUCCUGGGGCUGCUCCUGGCCGUGCUCCUGGGGCUGCACCCGGUGCUGCUCCCGGCGGGGCUCCUGGGGCUGCACCCGGUGCUGCUCCCGGCAGGGCUCCUGGGGCUGCACCCGGUGCUGCUCCGGGCGGGGCUCCUGGGGCUGCACCUGGCCGUUCCCCUGGUGCUGCUCCAGGAGCUGCCCCCACAGGUUGA